AUGAGUGCAAAUUACAAACCAUCCUCUCUGCUGCACUGCUUCUUCUUUUUAUUCUCGCUUCAUUGGAGAGGCAAACGCCGGGCGGCUGUUUUCAGAGCCAGACCCAAGAUGGGCUCUUUGGCGGCUCUACGGACUGUCCUGGUCCUGGUGACUGGACUGGCGGGAUGCGCCCCCAGCCUGAACCGAACAGCGGACCGCUGGGAGGCCCUCUACUCCCGGUCUUUGGCACGGAUCCCGGGAGAGAAGCGGGAGGAGAUCAGCCGGGACAGCGACUACCUCUUGGGCAUUAAAAGGUUGCGGCGCCUCUAUUGCAACGUGGGGAUUGGCUUUCACAUUCAGGUGUUAUUGGACGGUAGAAUAACGGGGAUACAUAAUGAGAAUGGUUACAGUCUUCUGCAGAUCUCACCAGUUGAGAGGGGAGUUGUAACUCUGCUGGGUGUACUCAGUGAAUUAUUUGUGGCCAUGAACCGACAAGGAAAACUCUAUGGAUCUUUACACUACAACAAUGAGUGCAAGUUCAGAGAAAAACUCCUCGCCAACAACUACAACGCCUACGAGUCGGUGGCCUACGCAGGAAUGUACAUCGGCCUGAGUAAGAACGGCAAUACAAAAAGAGGAAACCGAGUGUCCCCCGCCAUGACGGUGACACAUUUCUUACCAAGAAUAUAA